CUUGACAGAAAGUGACGGGUAACCCCAUCAUUCUCAAAGACGCGGACUUGCCGCUGCUUCCUUCCUUCUUCCUAUUAGUAAUAUCCAGAUGCAAGCAAACUGGGAGCUUUCUCAAUCCUUGACGUGUGAUGGUCAAGGCAUUCGUUGCGCCUGUGUUUUGCCUGCCCCGGACGGUACAGCGGACGGGUUCCAAAUUCUCACGGGCACACAAGGAGGCAGCCUCGUCGCGUACGGUAUACCCUCGGGAAAUCUCGAGUCUAGUGCCUACCGGCACGAUAACGCCGUCACGGCGUUGGCGACGAACGCCACCGGAACGCAUUACUUUACUGGCUACAAAGACGCCGUUGUUCGAGUGUUCGAUGUGCAGCACAACCUGAUUGCACAACUCAAGGGUCACGACAAAGCCGUGACGAGUUUGGCUUAUGCCGACGGAGGUAAAGACGGUGAGUUUCUCAUCAGUGGAUCUUGGGAUGGUACCGCCAAGAUCUGGAGGCUCGCGAACUCGAGUCUGGUGGCGACCUUGCCAAAUCACGAAAAUUCUGUCUGUGUUUGUGUCCAGGGAGUGGACACCGGCGGGAUGCUCCAUAUUGCGACGGGGUCAGCCGGCCUUGCCCAAAACAAUACCAUUCAAGGCCAUUCCAUUCGUAUAUGGACCGUUGACGUGCGCAUCACCAGUGACGUGAAACUCCUACACACGGUUGCCAACGAUCACGAUGGUCCCAUCCGCGAUCUCUGUUUGGCCCCGCCCGACGCAUCCUGCCUCGCGUCCUGUUCCAACGACGGAACCGUCAAGCUUCGAGUGGCCGAAACAGGGGAUGUUUUGACCACUCUGACGAUGUUGACGUCCUCCCAUCCACCCAUGUUGCUCAGUGUCGCGACCACAACGGAUCAAAGCUGUAUUGUUGUAGGCGCAGAAGACGGACACGCGGUGGUUUGGGAUUUGAGUGCGACGGAAAGAAGCCCCCAGAUACUGCUCCAUGCGCAGUGUGUUUGGAGCGUUGUGCCCUUGCCCAACGGUGAUUUUGCAACCUGCAGUGACGAUGGCGUUAUACGCAUAUUUACACACUGCACCGAACGGGUAGCGCCCUUGGCUGAACGAGAGGCCUGGGAAGCGGAAGUAGCAGCGACCCAGCAGAAAAAGAGCAACGGGCCGUCGGCCGAAGAAAUCGCCGCCCUACCCCGGUGGGAUCAGAAUUAUGAGAAGCGCGGUCGCUCGGAAGGAGAUGUUCGAGUCUUUCAAAAAAACGGAGUGGCGAUUGCCGCACAAUGGAGCGCGGCUUCGCAGACUUGGAUUGAGGUUGGCCAGGUAACAGGCUCUAACGAGAACACCGGAACACUCAAUGGCGUUCAGUACGAUCAUUUGUUACCUAUUGAAGUAGACCAAUCUGGUGGCGGUGUUGCCAAACUCCAGAUUGGUUACAACAAUGGUGAAAAUCCCUUUGUAGCCGCCCAACGUUUCAUUGAUGACCACGUUCUACCGCAGCAUCAUUUGCAAGAUAUUGCCAACUACAUUCAACAGCGCGCGGGACAGCAGGGACCGACGAUUGGUAAUGACAGUACCGUAGCGUCGGGUUCCCCCAUGGUCUCUUACGAAUAUUUGCCAGCACCCGGAUACAAACAGUUUGGCUUGCCCGUCAAGACGGCAUCUACGACUCUUGCAAAGGUGAAGUCAAAAAUAAUCGAAUUUGGUUUGCUAUCCGAUAUCGAUGUGGAACAUUUGACACACUUGCUGGAUACACUGUCGGCGAGCAGUAGGUAUCACUCGUCAAAGAUUCUCGAUGAGGAGCUUGCCGUGAUGGAAAAAAUGCUCUCUUGGCAACAGCCUUCACAAGUCUUCCCUGCACUGGACCUCGCGCGUCUUGUACUCUUACAUCCAGACGCAGCCUCACGAGAACGCUACGGGUACUGGUCGCGUGUCGUUCCUAAAACAAUAGCUAUCAUGGCUAUCGAAAGUGUGGAAGGUCCGGCAGCGGUUGCCAUUCCCAUGCUCGGUUUACGCCUCUUUUCCAAUGGUCUAAAGGGAGGUCCAGGAUCCUGCGAAGCGAUCGCAAACAAUGUAGACGCAAUUUUGGAAGUGACAACACGUCUCGUACCUUCAUCGAACAAAAACGUCAGAUUGGCUUUGGCUACGCUACUAUACAACACUGCUUGUUACGUACGAAGCAAUCCCGGUACGGAUAUUUCCGACAAAUUUUUCCCUAUUUUAUGGCUAGCUCUGACGCAAAAGAAGCAGCGAAUGCAUCUUUCCUGUCGUCGAAAGUAG